AUGGCUUCUCCUCUGCAAACACUGACAUCCACAAUGAUUCUGGUAACCUUGUUUCUUGGAUGUGCAGAGGAAGAAGGUUCUUGCUGCCUCCCCAACCCUAAGACGCAAUUCCAUCCUUACAAAGAUCCACUCGCUGCUGCACCGAUCACUUCUUAUGGAAUCCCUAAUCAGUUAACACCAAACCCUGGAUAUGAAGCUCACAGUCCCUGCUCUGGAGAAGAUCAAGUUCCACCAGUGCCACAACCAUGA